GCAACAACACUGAACCGGAGAAGGAAGCAAAAGUUUUUAAAUAUAUGUAAGACUGGAAUCGAAGCAGUCUGUCUAUCUUAACUUAGAUUUCCGCUGUGGUCGUCGGCGUUGAUGGUGUUUCCGACGAUUGUUGUCCUUUCGUUUCGUCCAAAAUAACGAGGCUGUGGGGAGGCGAGUGAGAAUGAUGGCAAUGGUGAGCAGCUCCAGCCUCCUUCCUCUGCUGGAGACUCUGGAGGACAGCACAGCCGGACAGCCGGAGCAGACAGACGCCUACCUCACCAUCGCCAAUCGUCUCAGUGGAGAAGAAGGGCGACAGUUCCUCCCUACAGUUGAAAAGCACUUUUCUCGUCUGGGUAAAACCAUCCUGACCCAUAUAACCACUCCAAAUGCGGAGUUGAGCCAGGCCGCCCUGCAAGCGCUAGGAUUUUGUGUGUACCAUGGGCACAUUAUCUCUGGAAUCCCUGAAAACUUUGUAGCAGAGAUAUUAUCAACACUUUGCUCCUUAGUGAUGAAAACAACAGAUAAGAACACAUGCACCAGAGCAUUAUGGGUAAUCUCAAAACAGAGCUUUCCAUCAGAGGUGGUUAGCAAAAAUGUGUCAUCUAUACUGAGUGCACUGGAGUAUGUGUGGACAAGAGAAGAUAUCCAGUCAGUUGUAAUGGAGCACGAGGCCUUAAACGUCAUCAUUAGGAUGGUAGAGCAGGCACCAGCUCAGAUGCGUGAUAGUGCAGUUCGGUGGACCAAGCUGGUCAUACCCCUGGUGGUCCACUCUGCAUCUAAAGUGCGCUUACGAGCUGCAGCAACUGUUGAGAUGGGCCUUCCUCUCCUUCUGGAGAAGCAGAGGGAAGUAGUGGCCGUCAUCGAACCCAUCAUGUCCUCGAAGCUGAUCCCUGAGCUUCAGAAACUCUUUAUGACCAAAAAUGAAGCCAACGUCUUGAAGCUGUGGCCCUUAUUUGUCAAACUUUUGGGGAAGCUACUCCAUAGAGGAGGUCCCUUCAUCAACUCCCUUCUGCAUUUGGAGGAACUUGGCUUCCGCAACUCCUCUCCUAACAUCAAGAAGAUUGCCUUCCUUGCCUGGAAGAGUCUCAUAGACAACUUUGCUCUCAACCCAGACAUCCUGUGCAGCGCCAAGCGCAUGAAGCUGCUAAUGCAGCCUCUCACCUCUAUCAACGUACGGACAGAAGCCCUGCUGCUCACCAAGGUGGAGGUCUGGUGGCAUCUGGUGGUGCGGCUGGGGCCCAACCUGGGGCCCAGCUUUGAACAGGUUUCUGUACCUCUGCUACACUGCGCUAUUGGAUCUGACUCCCUCACUGUCCCCUGCACCCCUGCUAGAGGUGCCAGUCAAAAUGGGGGUGUUUCUCCUGCCACACCAAAGACAGGCACACCAGGCUUCAGCAGCAUGGCCACUACGCCUCGUGUUAACCUGAACACCAGUGCCAAAGCUUCUUCCAAUGUCUUCCAUUCCAUCCAACUGCUCGGACUGGAGAUGCUGCUGCACUACUUUAUAGGGCCAGAUGUUGACGCCACAGCAGGCAGUAACAAAGUCGUUCUCAUUCUUGACCCCUUGACCCACCCACUCCUAUCUGGUGUAUCCUCCUUCACCAAACACGCAACUGUUCUCAUCUCCUAUGUCAGAGAUGGCUUUAUUGCAGUUGGCAAAGAGGCCCCAGAAAACCUCCUGCUUCUCCUGUGGAAGACCCUUGUAAGUUAUGUGAGCUCAACAAUAGAGUCUGCAGGCAAUAAAAAGGAUCGUCAGGGGGGUGAAGUCUUGACACUCAUGUUACAGGCUCUGCAGAGCAUCGUUUCCUCAGAAGCUCUACCGGCAGACAAACUCCUGGUUCUUUUUCAGUUAACAGUGAAAGGCAUUCCCCAGAAGGUUCUCGGCUCAGCUUCUUACCAAGUGGGCAAGAUGGAUGUGCUUAAUGGCACGCCUGCUCUCUUCCUCAUCCUUCUUUUCUACAGCAGCAACAUGCUCUCAGCCUAUGUACAGGAUGAAAGGUUCUUCCAGUGCUUGCAAACCCUGGUGGGUUGCGGACUGUCAGGUCCCACAUCUUCCCUAGCGUUUGGGGAGGCAGUGCUGGGGGCUUUGGGUCGCAGUGCAGGGUCUCUGGAAAACAAGGAGCAGCUGUGGAGGAUGUGGAGCAUGGUCGUCAGCCCGCUCACUGAAACUAUCACACAGACGAAUGAAGUAAACCAAGGUGAUGCCUUGGAGCACAACUUCAGGGCUGUGUAUUCUGCCCUGAUGUUUCCAUUUACGUACCUUCUCCCUGGUACUGCCCUACAGCAGAUGAACCAGAAGUCCAUGCUGACUACAUGGUCAAAGCUGUACAAGGUGUUUGCCCGCUGUGCUGCUCUGGUGGUCACGGCCGAGGAGAACAUCUGCUGUGAGGAGUUGUGCGCAAAGAUGGCAGCUGCUCUGGACAGAGAGACCCUAAUGGUUCCUGCAACCUUGGAUGCAGUCACCAGUAUGCUGCAAGUCAUGGUGGAGUGUGUUGAUUUCUCUCCCUACACACCACAAUUUCAACAAAAGAUGAAGUCACCUCACACCCCCCUAAACUGGGCACGUAAGAAGAAUAAGGUGCUGGGAAACCUAUCAUCCUUCCAGGCCCUCCUGCUUCAGUCUCUAGAGGCUUUUCUGGACCUUGAGGACUCCUCUGAGGCCACAGGGCUGGCCCUCGCCUCCAUGUUGUCCACUCUGUUCUUCAGCCUGGCCCUGGCUACCGCUAUUCAGCAGACCCUGGCUUCUCUGAUCCAGCCUCUCACCCUCUUCUACAAACAAGCUGCCAUUGAACAGCCCAAAUUCUCCUCACAGCUUUUGGCAAAGUUGGAGAAGCUUCUGGCUGACAUGCUGGGCUGCCUACAGACACGUUCUACUUUGGCCUAUGAUGAUGACCUCCUGGCUCUGCUCUCCCCUCUUUUUUGUGUGCUGUUUCCUCACAAAAGUAAGCCGCUUCGCAUUUUGGUUGCUCAGUUCUGGAACGCCACCUUCGCCAAUGUGGUCAGUUUGACAUACCCAGAUGAGCUCAGACCAGUACUGAGCGAGGUGAAGCAAAAGACCCCCAUCAUUCUACCUGGCUUUGAGGUGGUCAGUGGUCCUGAUGAGCUCAGUGGACAGUAUUCAAUUGAAAGCUCCCAGUUGGAGACCAAGCUGAGUGGAGUGGCAGUAUCAUCCACGGGGAAGAGGGAAUCACUGCUGGGCAAGGGUGCUGGGUUCAAGAACGGCAACUCCAAACUUGUCUCUACAAAGCUGGAUUUUGGCUCUCCCAAGCCCCCCAACAGAGUAGUUUUGGAGGAAGAGGCCUCCAUAGACUUUGUCUUUAUUCCCCCUGAGAGCAAGGAGAGAGUCCUAACAGAGCACCAGAAGGAAGUCAAAAGGACUAAAAGGGUUGACAUCCCUGCCAUGUACAACAAUCUAGAUGCUUCUCAGGAUGCGAUGGUUUUUACCGAGAGCCAGGAAGACUCUUUGGACAAAAUGCCAGCAGAAGAAGCUGCCCAGGAGGCCUCCAGCCAGGUUCAUCAAGAAGACAUCAAAAUUGAGGGAGGGCCUGAAAUUUUAACAAAGGAGACCCAAGAUUAUGCCAGGCCAAACACCAUGGAGAACAUUGCCACAGAGCCAAGAAAUGACAUGCCAGAAGAGAUGGUACUAGAACCAACUGAUGUCUCAACGGAGGAUGCCAAAAGUGAUUUUGGGACAGAGGACUUGGACAGUGUGCCCACAGAGAUCACCAGUCCUAACUUAUCUGGUUCUUCUGAUUUGAUCUCGGGAACACCUCAGAAACCCAACAGCCGUCGCCAGUCUUUUAUUACUUUGGAGAAGUAUUCAGAUGGUAAACCUGCCAGUCCCAUUAAUGUGACCAAGUUCACUGGUCCCCUGACAAAGCCCUCAAGUAGCCAGGACCCUACCACCACUACAUCCCCCUUAUCUCAGACCUCACGGGCUGCUACAGCACAGGCGUCUGAGUCCUUGGAAAUGGUGGAAGGGAACCCAGUUACUGAGGCCUCUCAGCAGGCUAAAGCAGACUCCUAUGAGGAAAGUAAAGAGGUUGCAGUGAGAAUUGAGAAGACUGAAAUAAUUCCUAGUGAAGGAACAGAAGGUGACAACGAUGUCAUUCCAGACACCCAGACCAAUUUGGAGGAUCAAAUGGGAACAGAGAGCGCUCCCACAGCGGAAAAAGCUGAACCCCAAAGUCAGGGGGAGGAAUUGGAAGAAACUCUGAGGGACUCUGAUUGUUCCCAAACAGAGUGCUCUCCAUGUCAACCCAGGAGGUCAGGGCGCCACAGGAUCAGGCCACAGCUCCCAGGUGUAGACCCAGCAGAGCUUGAAGAGAAGUAUGGGCAGAAGAAAAAGAGACAGUCUGAUGAGGCAAAGAAAGUUAAUUCACCAAAGGAAAAUCUACUUGACAAACAGGCAGAAGGCAGACUAACCAGGAGAAAUAAGCAGGCUGCUGAGGUUGAGGUCAGUGCCAGAGACAAGUUGAGAUCUAAGGCUCAGAAUGACAAGAACGGGUUGAGUCAAACCAGCUCCCAGAUACGAGUACACAGGAAGACCAACCUGUACGGCAGUUCAGAGGAUCUGCUUGGUAAUGAACACAAGAGGAAAUGGACCGUAGUGAACAAGAUGAGCCAAGCGGACUCACAAAGUGAGACGCAAUCUGAUGAUAACGAAUCACAGGUUGAACUCAAUCAGCAGAGCAAACUCAAAACUGGAGGUGGUAAGCGUAAAGGUAGACCUCCAAAUGAAAGAAAGGCGCUUAGCCAAAUUGACUUAGAGGAGGCCACACAAUCUCCAUCUAAAAGACAGUCCAGAGGUAGACCCAGCAGGAAGCGCAAAGAACUCAGUAAUUCAGUGUCUGACCUUGAUGAACAGACCGAAAAGGAUGAAUUUGAGCCAUACCAGAGUGACUCUCAGCAAAACACUCCAUCACUUAAAACUGAUAGCCUUUUCCAGGGAAGAAUGAGGAGGAGAAGCAAGUUGGCAAAUGAACCGGAGGAGCUCACCGAAGACAAACACAAGGCAAAAGAUGGUAAAAAUGACAAACUUAGUCAGGAUGACUCUCAAAAUCUCACUCCUUCAGCCUCUGGCAGCCAGUCACAAGGUAGAUCAAAAAGAAGGAGCAAGGCGUUGUCAGAGGCAGCGGAAAACUCAGCAGAAAAAGAGACCAAGACUGAGUCUGAAGCAUCUAUCUCAGAUGUUAGUAAAACAGAGGGCAGACUUGGGGGCAGGCUCAGAAAGAGCAAGGUGGAAGGGGAGUCCAUUAAUACUCCUAGUUUAACCCCUGAGAGUUCCCAGUCAUUGGAUAUUGCAGAAUCCUCCCAAGGCAGGGGCAGAUAUUCAAGACUGAGAUCAUCUCAAGCCUUACUAGCCAAUAUGGAGACAUCAGAAUCGGAGUCAUCUGAGAACAGAGAGGGCUCCCCUCUGCCCAAACGAAGAGGCAGGAAACCUAAAUUGGCGUCUCCAAGCCCACUGACUUUUAGAUCAGGAGAACACAAAGUGGACCAGAAAGUUGCCCAAAACAAUUCAGAGGUUUCUCAGAAUGCAGUCCCACAAAGCAGCACACCUAUAGAAACCAAAACCCCAGCGGAAUCGCUGAGCAGUCAUGAUUCACAGGUUUCAGGACUGGCUCAGGUCACACAAAAUGUCAAAGAGCAAAACGAGGAAAAAUCUCACAUUGAGGUGGAUAUAAAUGAUAUAGCGUUAAAGCCUGUAGUUGGCAAAGCUAACACUCUUAGCACACAGCCUUCUGAACCUGAAGAACUAAAGGGCAAAAACUGUAGAAUUUCAACUCGCAAAAGGCGGCGUGGAAAGAGGCAAUCCAAAGUCGAGUUAGACAGUGAUUCCUCUUUUUCACAGGAGCAAGUUAUCAUGGGCUCAGCGGAACCAGAAAGCAUAGACUUUGAUGUGACAAAGGCCGAACAGCAUAAAGAGGAGCUGUCCUCUGAGAUGCUUGUGCCCUCAGCUGAGGGAAACUCUAUUUCAGAUAACAAUGUGUCUGUGGAACCAAUGAAUGUAUUUUCCUCUCCCGAGGCCAGCGGGUCCUCCGCAAACUUAUUGACACCCUCCGGUAAAAGAGCGGAGCAACUAAGUCUGCAGGUCUCGGAGUCGUCAGAGGAGAAAGUCCUUGAAGUGGAGCAGGUUGUGGGGGGAGUAUCUGAAAAACAGGUGACCGUUGCUGACUCGGACUAUCCAGAACCUUCCAGCGUUCAACUGGAGGAAAAAAUUGAGAAAGCUAUUGUUACUACCACUGGACAAGACCAGCAAGCAUGUCAAAAUCCCAUAGAUGAGCUUGCAGAGGCAGAGAAGCACAUGAACUCUGUCACCGAAGGCCCACCAGAGUUCCAGCACAUAAUGACUAGCACACCUGAAAGAGAAGUGCAGGGUGAUGAUCAAGACAGUGAACCUGUCCAAGAAAGGCCAGAAGAAGACAGUGCCCCUGAUUUGGAGUGUGAUGAUGAACCAGAAACUCAAGUGGACAACAGGGAGCGAGAUGUAGACUGUAUGGAUCUAGAGGUUCCUCUAGCCAGUGUUGGCUGUGCCUCAGUGUCUUCAGACAUGCCCAGUAAGGAUCUGGGUCAGGAUUCCCCGGCUAAGCAGAAGGGCCUUGAAGCCGUGAUGGAGCCAGAGGUUGGUCAGAGCCCCAGCAGUGGGAGGACCAGGGGAACAUGGUCUCCCUCUGCCUCCCCAUCUACCAGCAUUCUCAAGAAGGGUCAGAAGAGAGCAGUUGAAGAAGAGACUCCCUCACCUCUCAUAAAGUCCAGGCGGGUGUCUUUUGCCAAUCCAAUCCAACACCAGGAGCUGGCAGAUGACAUCGACCGUCGCAGCCCCGUCAUAAGAUCCAGCUCCCCAAAAAGGUCCAAAGCCUUAAGUGGCAUCCAACAGCCGAAGUAUGUCAGUACUCCCACAAAGGGCCUUCUGAUUUUAAGUCCAAGAAAUCUUCAUAGCCCAGGAUACAAGAGCUCCAAGAAAUGUCUGAUAUCAGAAAUGAGUCUGGAGCCGCGGCCUAUCCCUAGAGACUGUGUUUACCCUGCCCUAGUGGGCUGCACUAUGCCUGUGGAGGCCGUGCUACCUCAGAUUACCUCCAACAUGUGGCCUCGUGGACUCGGGCAGCUGAUGCGAGCCAAAAACAUCAAAACUGUCGGUGACCUCAGUGCUUCUACUCCCAGCGAAAUCAAGAACCUGCCAAUUCGCACUCCAAAGAUCUCCAAUGUCAAGAAGGCCCUGAAAACAUAUGAGCAACAGCGCAAAGGCAGAGUUGGUGACGAACUGAAAAGUUUUGAUGAGAUGGAGAAGAUGACCUCUGAACUGGAGGAAACCAGCGCUCCACAAAACCAGGAAGAAGACAAGUCUGCUGGCGAGCCUCUAGCCACAGAGCUGGUUGAUGAGCCCAUGUUGGCAGAGCAGAAGCCAGAAGCAGAAGCGUCUGUUGGUCCACCACCUGAGGGGCAGCUCACGGAGCCGAUCCCUGGAGAACAGCUGCACCGCGAAGGGCUGCUGUUGGAUGUGGAGGUCCUUAGCUCUAGGAUGACCCCCGCUGAGCUCGGCCGCACUGCACCGCAGCAGCUGCUCCAGCUGCACCAUCGACUGGGAGACCUGAUGAGGAGCGUGGUGCUGGAGCUGCAGACGCGCCUGUGUCAGCAGGAUGCCAAGCCCUGAUGAUUGGGGGAGAAUCUCACUGCAGAACUGUGAACAAGACCUUAUCAGUGGUUUUUAGUGACAUAUAACAGCAAUCGGACUGUUUCGUGAGACUGGCAGCAUGGUCGCAACCCCCUGGGAACCUCUCAUCUAAUGUGGAGUGGAAUAUAAAAGGUAUGACCUCUAGUGAAUUAAUGCUUGUGGGUCAGAAUGCUAAUCUAUAUUGUUGCUUAUGUCCUCCCAGGCCACAGACGGACAAAUAACUGGCCUGACCGACAACUUUUUAAAAAGGAGGAUUUUUUUCUGGGGCCUUCUAGCUUCCUUGAUCGUCUCAGAUGUGCAGCUUUAUUCCAUUCUGCAGUAGAAGCUUUUAUUUUUUAAGUCUUAGCUGUUGGUUUGACUUUACCUACUUCGUCAGAAAGGGAAGCACAAUCACACUUUUAAGCCGUAGUAUUACAUAAAAUUACUUCUAACAGCAAUAGCCGAGAGAAGGAGCCGAACUUUUUAAAGAUAUUUUUAGAAUAAUAUCAUAAUGUAAGACAGAUUGAGAUAAAUAAGACUAAGAUUGAUUAAGUGUCACAGAUUUCAUUUUCUGUCUGUGCUCUUUUUCACAUAUAAAUACUAUUUUUGCACAUAAGUGAUCAACCUCUGAUGUCAGUCCAGUGCUGCCGGUAUUGUGCCUGUUUCUCUGCUGUCCUGUUUACAGUACUUCAUCACCACUCUUGUAUAUUUUAUGUAGAAUGCUUUCUUUUCCAGUUUCUUUGCUGUCACUUCAUAAUGUCCUAUCAGGUUAUUUUAAAUGUCGUGUGAAAUAUUAGAUGGUAGUGGAAGUAUCUCCGCUUUCUUUUUUUGUUUUUCAUCCAUGUUUUUUGAAUGCAUCAAUAAAAGAAUAAUCCA